AUGCGAACUUUAUUAUCUUUCGUAAUCUUGCUCUAUUUAUUCACUAUUGUGGUCACAGGUGAGGUGAAAUCCAUUCAGCAACAACAGCAACGAGAAUCCUCAUUCACUUUCUUCCUGGAUUCUUAUCAAGGAACGGAAACAAAUGUUUCAUGUCUUGAUGAAUCCAUUCCAUGUGUUUACAUGUCUCAAGUUAUAGACUCGGCACGAUCAAUAUUACAGCUGGGAAACAAUUCCUCAACAUUAUCUUUAGAGAUGAAUAUUCUAAAUUUAUCCAUUUCUAAAUGUAAAGGAAGUCUUACUAUUCAAACUUCAAUUGAAAAUGCAAACAUCUUGGAAAGCGAAUUUAAUUCAUUAGAAAUUACAAGUCAGAUUCAAAAUCUUGUUAUACUAAACGAUUCGAUUACUUACUUACAAGGAAAUUUGAAAGCUAAACAAGUGAAAAUGGAAACUAUUAAUAUUUCCAAUUUUAAAUUAGUGGAAAUUAAGAAUUGUCAUUGGAGUUCAUUCUCAGGGACAAGUUUAUUUCAUGGCGGAGAGAAAUUCUCAAUUCUUUCAAGUAUUAUUACAGGCCCAAUGAUGUUUGAAGUUGUGAGUGUUUUGGAAAUAAUCAACGUCACUGUUAGCAGGGUUAAUUUUGAGCCAGAGAAUGGAAAUUUUUUUGGAAUAGCCACAGUUGACCAAGUGACAAUUGAAAGAUGUAAUUUUGUGGAUAAUACUAUUGGUGGAAGUAUGAUUUCAGUACAACGUUGUAAAAAUUUACUUAUUGUUAAUUGUAAACAUUCCAAUAAUUUAUCCAAGUUUAUUACAAUCCUGUCAUCUAGUAGGAAUCGAAUUACAAUUCAAGAUUCUGAAUUUUUCAAUAAUCAGGCAAGUGAUGCCUUAAUUGUUUUUGAUUCCAAUUAUGUUGUAGAUAGCACUAUAUUACUAUUAGAUAAUUGUAAUUUUGUGAAUAAUAUUGGAGGAUUGACUGGAUCCGCUCUGAAAAUAACUAAAGCUAAUGUUCUCAUUUCGAGUUGUAACUUUUCAUUUAAUAAGGCAGGUUAUGGAGGAGCUGUCUAUAUGAUAAGUCAACUUUCUACUGUUAUCGAAUAUUCAAAUUUCACUAACAAUGAAGCAACUCAAUCAGGCGGUGCAAUUUAUGUGGGAGAUGUUUCAAAUCUACGACAAUGGGAAACAGUAGAAACAAUUUGUGAUUCUAAUAACGCAUUGGAAGCUGGAGGAUGUUUAUAUAUGAAAGGUAAAUCAAAGAUUGAUGUGGUGUAUAAUUUUGCUGGAAUCAAUAAGGCAAUUUGUUAUGGUAACAAUAUUGCUACAGAACUCACAAAAAAGAAGUUUGAAUUUAGACUCAAUGGAUUCGAAUAUCAAUUGAUUACCAAUCAGAGUAUUCAAAUUUAUCCAGGAGAAUCCCUGGAUUUGAGAAUUAUAUUAUCAGAUAGAUACAAUCAGAAAAGUGUAAUGCUUCCUGAAAAUCAAAUGUCUAUGAAAAUCAAUUCUAAUAAUUUAGUUUUACAAACACAAGGUUUUACAAGCGGAAAUGAUAGCAUACUUUCGAAUAAUAUUCAAAUACUUCUUAAAGAAUAUCAAUAUGCCAACUUCCAUGAAGAAACAACUUUUUCAUUCAUAUUGAAAGAUAUCGAACAUUCGAUUAGAAUGAAAUUGGUUGAUUGUCCACCAGGAUAUACCAUUUCUAAAAAUUAUGGAAAUGUCAAAUGUGAAUACAUUCCAAUAGAAAUCAUUCUUCCAGCUGCUAUUGUUGGUGCUAUUUCCUUAAUUAUUAUAUUUGUGACUGUAAUUUUGGUGGGAAUUUAUAUUGUUAAAAAACUCAAAAAAUUGAGAAGACAAGAAAGAGCAGAAAAGGAAAUUCAAAAGAAAUUUAUUGAUAAUUCUUUUGUUUUCAAUAAUGGCAGCAAUGGUUCAGAUUUGAGUGUUCCACUGGUUGAAAAAUCUUUCAACUCUGAGGAUUCUAUUCGAUACACUAUUCCAAUUGCAGAAAUUGAUAUAUUAUCUAAAAUUGGAGAAGGAUCUAACGGAUUAGUAUAUAAAGCAAAGUGGAACAGGACAGAUGUUGCCAUAAAACAAUUGAAAACUUUAGGAGAAGAGGAUGAUGAAGAGUUUGAAAGAGAAGCUCUUUUAAUGAGCUCAUUAAGACAUCCGUCAGUUGUUAGUUGCUACGGAGUUUCAAUAACCAACGACAGCAAGUAUAUGGUUGUGGAAUACUUGGAAAAUGGAAGUCUUGAGAAGGCACUCUACAAGUCUAAAAUUGGAAAAGAAAAAUUGUCAUUCGAAACUAAAUUGAAUAUUCUCUUGGAUGUUGGAAAGGGUAUGACCUAUCUCCAUUCGAUAAGACCUAACAAGAUUAUUCAUAGAGAUUUGAAACCGGGAAAUAUUUUGCUUACCAAAAAUUUAAAUGCCAAAGUGAGUGACUUUGGGCUCAGUAAGAUGGUUUCGAAUAAUACAGCCACAAUGACCACAAAUGUUGGAACCUUAUUAUACAUUGAAUUAUUAUCUAAUUAUCACAAAGGACAAACAACAAAAUUGGAUGUUUAUUCAUUUGGACUAAUCAUGUGGGAAGUUCUAUUUGAAAUGGUUCCAUUUUCCAAUGAACUAUCUGAUGCAACAACACCAUUCUCUAUUUUAUUACAAGUAACCAAUGGAUUAAGACCUUCUCUUUCUGUUAUGGGAGAACAUUUCGAAUAUAUUCAAGAAUGGAUUGAAGAUCACUUUACAAUGAGAGAAAUUCAAAAAAUUGGAAAGCAAACCAUUGAAAAAUGUUUAAAAGAUUAUAUUGAAGUGAUGAAACUCUGUUGGUAUAAGGAACCAAGCAAUAGACCAGAAUUUAUUGAAAUUACAGAAAGUUUAGAAUUAAUUAUUGAACAAAUAAGGAAAUGA